UUCUGCCGCGCCUGCUCAGUGUGGGUGGAAGCAGCAGCAUUUCUCGACUCCCGGGAGCUGUCACCGCCUCCGCGGCCGCCGGGCAGCAGCAGGUUCCUUCCUGUGCUGUGAGGAGCGGGCAGCGGCAGACGCGCGACUCGAAGAGGAUGGCGAGCGGCGGCCGCUGGGGGAGGCUGGCGGUGCUUACCCCUCCGCCAUUGCCCAGAUCAAAGGCUUGUUGUGGAAUUGCUCAAGACCAAAAGUUAGUGAAAAGAAAACUUUCUACAUAACAGAGAUGAUCAAUUAUAUCAAAUCAAAGGUUUGUGUAUAACCGAUGCAUCCACAAAAUUUCUUCAUUAGGAUCUGAAGUGAACAUCAGAACCGUAUUUUUUGAAACAGCAUGACUAAUUGUAAAGGAAGAUUUCUCAGCAAGAAAACAAAUGAUAAAUCCUAUCAUGAAGGAAGCUUUGUAAACUGGACUAUAAAUCUAAAUAUUCAGUCUGACAAAUUCUUGAGCCUACUGUUGAGUAUGGUUCCAGUUGUUUAUCACAAAAACCAGGAAGAGAGACAUAAGAAAGUGAAUGGUCUCUGGCAAGAUGGAUUACAGCCGUUGAGGCACAAUUUCAGUGUUAGGACUGAUCAACAUAUGGAUUAUCAUCACUUUUCUGAACCAACUUUUCAUCAUGGUAGUAAUGGACAUAAUUCAUCAAGCUGUAGCCCAAAGUAUGAUAACUUUGCGAGUUAUAAUUAUUCAGAUGGGAUGGACACAUCGGAAACAGUUGCUAUGCUACAGGACAACAGCAUAUCUGGUGGUGGUGAUGAAGAUAAUUCUGCGGAAGUUAGCAGAAAACAGCCAAAAGAAUCUAGUAGCAUCAUGGCAUUACAGAUACUGGUACCAUUUCUUCUAGCAGGAUUUGGAACAGUGUCUGCUGGGAUGGUUCUCGAUAUUGUGCAGCACUGGGAAGUAUUCAAAAAUAUUACUGAAGUUUUCAUCUUGGUUCCUGCACUACUUGGUUUGAAGGGGAACUUGGAAAUGACUUUGGCAUCCCGACUGUCAACAGCUGUAAAUGUUGGGAAAAUGGAUUCACCAAUUGAGAAGUGGAAUCUAAUAAUUGGUAAUUUAGCCUUAAAACAGGUGCAAGCAACAGUAGUUGGUUUUUUGGCAGCUGUAGCAGCAGUUAUAUUGGGCUGGAUUCCUGAGGGCAAAUACCGCCUUGAUCACUCUAUCCUUCUGUGUUCUAGCAGUGUAGCAACCGCCUUCAUCGCCUCCCUUUUACAGGGAAUAAUAAUGGUUGGAGUUAUAGUUGGAUCAAAGAAGACGGGCAUAAAUCCUGACAAUGUUGCAACACCAAUUGCUGCAAGUUUUGGAGACCUUAUCACUCUUGCCAUACUCGCUUGGAUAAGUCAGGGUCUUUAUGAUUGCCUUGAGACAUAUUAUUAUAUAUCUCCUUUAGUUGGUGCCUUUUUCUUGGCUAUGACUCCUAUGUGGAUUGUCAUUGCUGCUAAACAUCCGGCUACAAGAACUGUCCUCCAUUCAGGGUGGGAGCCAGUGAUAACUGCUAUGGUCAUAAGCAGUAUUGGUGGCCUUAUUCUGGACACAACUGUAUCUGAUCCUAAUUUGGUUGGGAUUGUUGUUUAUACUCCAGUAAUCAAUGGUAUUGGUGGUAAUCUAGUGGCAAUUCAAGCAAGCAGGAUUUCUACUUAUUUACAUUUGCACAGUGUUCCUGGAGAGCUACCAGAAGAAGCCAAGGGCUGCUACUAUCCAUGCAGGACAUAUUAUGGCACAGGAGUAAAUAAUAAAUCAGCCCAAGUUCUUUUACUCUUGGUGAUUCCUGGACAUUUAAUUUUCUUAUAUACUAUUCAUUUAAUGAAGAGUGGUCACACAUCCUUGACUCCAAUCUUCAUAGUAGUAUAUUUGUUCACAGCCCUCCUACAGGUCUUUAUACUGUUGUGGAUUGCUGACUGGAUGGUGCAUCACUUCUGGAAAAAAGGGAAAGAUCCAGACAGUUUUUCCAUCCCGUAUCUCACUGCACUGGGAGAUCUUCUUGGAACUGCCUUACUUGCAAUGAGUUUUCACUUUCUGUGGCUCAUUGGUGACAGAGAUGGUGAUGUAGGAGACUAAUAAUUCAGACAUGCAUACUAGCUGAUGCCAUUAGAUGGAGAAGACAAACGGGAGACGACCACUUGUUUUAUCACCGAAAGGAUCUCAAGACACUUGCUCAAUUUGAUUUUGGUAAUAGUGUUGGCACUGAUAUUAAAUGGCCUUAACUUUUUAAAAAUAAGAGACAGAAGUGGAAGGAUAGGCUUUUAACAUUUUUAUGCUGCGAGUGUGGCUGUUAACAUCUUCUGACCACAGGAGGAGAAAGGUGGGCCAUUGUGCCAAAACAAACAACCACCUAAAAAUGUAAUGGAUGGACAGUAAAUAAUGUGAUUAAACCAUCAGUGCAUCUAUCUUCAUAACAAUUUGGGUUGCAUUUCAGCUGACAGCCUAGCUGUGCAUUUUAAUUUCCACAAUAUAAAAGGUUCACAAACUCAGAUAUUUCUUGUUGUAGCUAAAUCUCUUGGAAUUGGACACAUUAGUUAAAUAGUAGGGAGAGAAAGGACUAUAUUGUGCAUGUAAUUAAGAAAAAAAAAGUUCAAGCAAGACAUUCCACAGGGUAUUCAGCAAGCCUUUUUAGUUGUGGGUGAGCAAAAUAAAGCAACUUCUAUUCUAAAAACUAAUUUAAUUAGCUGGAAACGAGUAACACAUUUCUAACAGAUGAUACUUUCAGUACUAUCGCAUGGACAUUAAUGAUAUCAUAAGCUUUUAUUUCAAAAGGUAUGAGGGUACGAUUAUAAAAUGUUUUGCAAUUUAUUGUAUAAGGUAUAGGAAAUCAGGGCUGUUGAGAGAAAUAAAAGUCGGGAGUAAGAGGAGAUUAAUAAUCAGUUACAUAGAAGCAUAGGAAGCUGCCAUAUACUGAGUCAGACCAUUGGUCCAUCUAGCUCAGUAUUGUCUACACUGACUGGCAGUGGCUUCUCCAAGGUUGCAGGCAGUAAUCUCCCUCAGCCCUAUCUUGGAGAUGCCAGGGAGGGAACUUGGAACCUAGAUGCUCUUCCCAUAGCAGCUCCAUCCCCUAAGGGGAAUAUCUUACAAUGCUCACAUGUGGUCUCCCAUUCAAAUGCAACCAGGGUAGAUCCUGCUUAGCUAAGGGGACAAGUCAUGCUUGCUACCAUAAGACCAGCUCUCCUCUCCUAGUUUUCCCAGUUAUGGAAAAACUGAAAUAUAUCUCCUGACGAGACAAGUGAUGUGUGCACGCAUUUUUCCCCCCAAAAGAAAUAUUAUUUAAAAGAAGGAAAGCUUGAGUUCAGUCUGCCAGUGCUACUAUACUCACAACCAGUGGGAUUCUUACUAUGUGCCAGUGGAAAUUUAAAGGGCUUUUCUAAAUUAUUGUUUUAAUGUGGACUGAGUGCAGUUUCUGUUCUGGUGUUGCAGAGGAUCCAGACAUCUUCCUCAAAUGUAGUUCUGCUGUUGUGAAGAAACAUCAUUUUCUCAGCAUUCAAGCCAGUGAAUGCUUUGCUGUUGAAAAAAUAUGAUUCCCUGUGCCCACCUGAGUCAGUGCAUCAGUCCUUUGUUGAACAUGGUGAUGCAGGUGUCAUAAGCAUCUGUUGAUUAUUGUCUGUAGCCAGUGGCAACUAUAAUGCAGGGGACCUCAUUUUUGUGGGUUCUCCAUUAGUAGUUUCAGCUAUUUGCAGUGAGGCUGUAUAUACCCAGUAUCCAUGAUUGCGGGGCGUCAAUGCCGAAACCGUGAUAAUUGAAACCUUGUGCCUGUGGGAAUGAUAGGAUUAGGUUCCUCAGUACUCAGUAGAUCCUCAAGGUUUCAAUCAUCGCAGUUUUCUGCGUUCGUGGUGGUAGCCGAGAACAUACUGCACCCCGCACCCUGUGAAAAACGAGGGCUUCGUAUAUAUCAGUGAGGAGCAACACAACUACCAACACAUGUCCACAUCGUUCCAUGAGCACUUAAAAGGUAUUACUUUUUAAAACUUCUUUAAGCACUUCCCUGAUGAAACACUCUAACCAUGCAAAUUUCACUCCUGGGUGCUUUCCAGAUUAACCCCUACAACAGUGUCACAACAUAUCUGCUAAGUGUGCUUCCGUACUUCCUGUGUUGUGACGCCGCAGUCCCUGCACUGACAGCAAGGUGCCAUUCACAUUUCUGAUGCCUUUUUAUUUUUAUUUUAUCACUGCAAUUUAGUGCUAUAAUGUUGUAUGUCAGUUGCAAAAAAGUAGCUGUAUUUUCCAUUGUAGAUUCUGGGGAUUGUUUUCAAUUCGAUCCUGCCAAUCCGAGGCAUUUUACCACAGUUGCUGUGGGUAAUCUGGAAAGCACCCUGCAAUGCUUACUGUGACUUAUUGCUGAUCAUUUCAAUAGGAUUUGCUCCUGGGGGCAGGAAGGCUGCUUGACAUGUCUGAACUUUAAAGUGUUUGUUGCUGAUCAUGUAACUGUGAUUUGGGAAUUAUGUAGUUGGUUUAAGGGGAAGAUCUGUGAAGAGCUGUCCUGCAGCCCAUGAGUACUUAAGUCUUUGCCUGAUUAUUGUUGUUUUAUGGUUUGUUUUGAGUUGUACACUGCCUUGUGUGCCUUUCAGGCAGAAAGGAGAUUAAUAUAUUCCACAAAUAAAACAAUAUCUCAAAUCAUGGUUGUGCAGUUCCCCCUCCUCCAAACCUCCAAUGAGACCAUACGAGUUUCAUGGUAACUUACAGGAAUUAUGCACAAGAUUAGUCCCAUUAUAUACACCCAAGUUGCGUGAAUUGGCUUAGCAGAAUUAUUUCAAAAUUUGGCACCUAUGUCCAUGCAUGAGGUCUCUCUUUUCAUUUAUUGUCAUUGAUAGAGCCAAAGUAACAGAAACAAAUACAGGCUUAACUGCUAAGUAUCCUCAUUUCCAUAGAAAUUCAAGGUAUUGGCAGCUGUUUGGCUUUGUAACUGAGACCUUUGACCAGAUAUCUGAUUUUUUUUAAUGCAUAAUUAUUACUGACUGCCUUGUUGCUGGAAGAAUUGCACAUAGAAUAAGAUUUCAGAAUUGUGAAGGAGAAUUGGGCUGCCUUUCUAGACUUCCUUGUUCCACUUGUUAGCUAUAUUAGCAUUUUUCAAAAUGGUACCCUGUCUGUAGUGUUGUGAAUAACACAUCUAUUCAUUUUGUUUUAAAACACAGUUGGUGAUAACUUGAAAUCCUUUUUAUUUCAGAAUAUAGAUCUAGAAGCAAUUAAGUUUAAUUCAAUUGAGCUACCUUCAUAUGGAAUUAUGAUUUAAGGUUUGAAGCAGCUAUGGAACAUUAAAGGUCUUUGGAACCAAACCCUAAAGCUCCAAAGGAAAAAAAUAAUAAAAAUUUGUCUGUUUUUAA